UUCACCCGCCUUUGUGGAAUCGGGUAUCUGUCAGUUAGUUUACUUUGAUUGUUGUACUUAAGAGUGGUGAAAUUUUUUUCCUUCUAUACAUUGGCUGUUAUCGAAAGUAAAUUUAUUGUGAAUAGGAAUAUUAAGUAGAAUGGAAAAACAGUCAGAACGAAUGUGAUUCUUCUGAGAAAUUCAUCUAAUUCAGAAACACAAAUUGGAAUUUUAGAUUGCUUCGUGAAACGACAUCAUGAAAACGCAGCAGUGAGUAAGGUAUGUACUUGAAAACAAAUGCAGCAAGUAUUUCCUGGUGAAUCAGCUGGUCGCUAAAAUCGUGCUGUAAAAUGAAAAAUAUUUUAAAGAAUUGACUCAUUAAGGAAACUAAUAAUUUGACAGAAAAAGAGCACGUAAAAAAACUUAUAUCCUUCGAAAUAUCUAAUGCAUUAAGAAUUUAAAAGAAUCAUCUCGUAAUUCACAGGAAGUGUAUAUGCUUGUAAUUUAUGAAGUAGUAUUGUCGCAGUAUCAAAAAUAAUUGUCAUAAAAUAAAAUUCAUACAAACAGGAUUUUGUCUAAACAAUGCUAUAAUUCGCCAUUUUAGGUAAUUUAGAAAGACCGUAUAUAUGAGAAAAAAAAACUGCGCAAUAAUCUUAAUGAAUACGAACUCAAACGGGAGAGAAACUUUAUAUUUGUGAUGUAUGCAAUAAAGCCUUUCCUCUGCAGGUAAAUCUAAAAAGACUUUUACUGAUGCAUACUACAGAGAAACCUUACGUUUGUGAUCUAUACAAUAAAGUGUUUUCUCAGAAGAAACAUCUAAUCUGCCAUUUACGUAUUCAUACAGGAGAGAAACCUUAUAUUUGUGAUGUAUGCAAUUAUGCCUCUUCUGAGAAAGGAAAUCUAAUGAAACAUUUACGGACACAUACAAAGGAGAAGACUUAUGUUUGUGAUAUAUGCAAUAAUGCGUUUUCUCAGCUUUGGUGUCUAAAGAGACACUUGCGAACUCAUACAGGAGAUAAACGUUAUAUUUGUGAUGUAUGCAAUAAAGCGUUUCCUCUGCAGGGAAAUCUAAAAAGACAUUUACUGAUGCAUACUAAAGAGAAACCUUACGUUUGUGAUGUAUGCAAUAAAGUGUUUUCUCAGAAGAAACAUCUAAUCUGCCAUUUACGUAUUCAUACAGGAGAGAAACCUUAUAUUUGUGAUAUAUGUAACAAAACUUUUUCUCAUUACAGUAAUUUAAAUGUUCAUUUACGGACUCAUACGGGAGAAAAGCCUUAUAAGUGUGAUAUAUGUAACAAAACUUUUUCUCAGUACAGUAAUUUAAAUGUUCAUUUACGGACUCAUACGGGAGAAAAGCCUUAUAAGUGUGAUAUAUGUAAUAAAGCUUUUUCUCAGUACAGUAAUUUAAAUGUUCAUUUACGGACUCAUACGGGAGAAAAGCCUUAUAAGUGUGAUAUAUGUGAUAAAGCUUUUUCUCAUUACAGUAAUUUAAGUGUUCACUUACGGACUCAUACGGGAGAAAAGCCUUAUAAAUGAGAUAUAUGUAAUAAAACUUUUUCUCAUUACAGUCAUUUAAUUGUUCAUUUACGGACUCAUACGGGAGAGAAGCCUUAUGUUUGCGAUAUAUGCAAUAAUGCAUUUACUCGUCAGACAAUUCUAAACAGACAUUUACUGACGCAUAGAAACGGGAAAUUAUAUAGCUGUAAUGUAUGUAGUGAAACUUUUUCUCUAAAGGGAGAUUUAAUAAAGCAUGUACGGACGCACCGAUACUUAAGAAAAGCCUUAGGUGUGUGAUAUAUGCAGUGAAUCGUUUUCUCACUGGGUAAGUUUAAAGAAACAUCUACUAUUGCAUAUGAAAGACAAACUUCACAGCUGUGAGAUGUACUUAAAAACGCUUGCUUCUCCAGAGAAUUUAUGGAAACAUUUGCGGACGCAUACUAAAGAGAAACCUUAUAUAUAUAUGCAGAAAAAAAAAAUUUUUUUUUUGAACAAUGAAGUUUAAGGAUGCAUUGACGGAUGCAUGCUAAAGAAGAACCUUAUGAAUCUGAUAUAUGUACUAGUAAAACGUUUUCUCGAAAGGGUCGUUUAAAUGUUCAUUUACGGCCUCAUACUAAAGAGAAACUUUAUACCUUCGAGAUGUGCAGUAAAACUGUUUCGCAACAGAUUGUUUUAAAAGAACAUUUACUGACGCUUAUAAAAAAGAAACCUUACAUUUGUCAUAUAUUCAAGAAUGCGUUUUUCGCUUGGGGAAGCGUAAGAAGACAUUUGACAAUGACGAGUAGCCAUUUGAGUGCAAGGUGUCCACUAGAGCGUUUUCCAUACAGGGAAAUUUAAAGUGACCUCUACGAACACUUACAAAGUAGAAACCUUACGGCUGCGAGAUGUCCAUUGGAAGUUUUUCUCAACAAGUACAUUUAAAAUAAGAAUUUUUCUUAUCUUCAAAUAUAGAAACCGUGUUCGUAUUAGAAACUCCAAUGUAACGUUUUUUAAUUCAGCGGAAUACAAUAUUAUAUAUACUGAUGUAUACUAAAAGAAAACAGUAUGCUUCCUUGAUAUGUGGUAAUGUGUAUUCUACGAAAAGAACUGAAAGAAGUAUUUUUUUUAGGAAUGGUAUGGAGAAAAAUUUCGCAGAUAGCCGAGAUUUCGUCUUUGUUGCGAAUCGCAACACAUUAGGAUAUAUUUGUAGCAUUCGAAGGAAAGUGUUUUCUCAUGAAACGAAUUUAUAGAGACAUUUAUUGCUGUUUGUGGAAGAGAAACCGUUCUUUUGUAAUAUUGUAUUGUAUUUAAUAUGUUCACCUGAUUGACAUCACGAGUUGACCUUCUUAGAAAUACACCUUGAAAUAUUAUAUAAAGUAAGUGCUGAAAUUGAGAGAAGUGUAAUACCAUGAUCUCUUUAUUUGCUAGAAGUUGGCUGUCGAUAUUCUCUAUCGUAGAAUCAAUGUAUCGCUUCAA